AUGAAGGAAAAUUGGGCAAUCAUCAAGAAGGAGACCAAGGAGGUUGUAAGUCUUUUGUUGUUGAUGGGUUUUCAAGUUGGAAGAAGAAAGAAAGUUUUCUCCAAGCUACUUGAUGAAACCAACAGUGAUUAUAGAGUUCGAUUGACUGCAUCAAUUGAUUGCAUCCGACUUCUUUUGCGACAAGGGAUUCCAUUACAUGGGCAUGACGAAUUUGAAGAUUCGAGCAACCAAGGAAACUUUUUUGAGCUUUUGAUGCUUCUUUCAGAUCAAAAUGAGAAUCUCAUAACUGUUUUGUCAAAAGAUGUUCCUGAACACCUUAAAUUGACAACACCUAGUAUUCAAAAGGAUAUUGUUAAUGCCAUUGCGGUUGAAACUACCAAUGCUAUUGUUAGAGAACUUGGUGAUGGCAUAUUUUUCAAUGUGGAUGGUAGGGGCUAUGUAAUUGUGCAUUUUUUGGGUGUUAAGCAAAUUUCUAGUUCUAGUGUUCUUUCAUUUAAGAAGGCGGCUGAAGACUUAUUUUCUACACAUAUUGAAGACAUAUCUAGGUUGCGUGGACAAAGUUAUGAUGAGGUUAAUAAUAUUGAUAUGCAAGGUGAGUUCAACAAAUUCACUACACUUAUAAUGGAGGAGAAUGAAAGUUAUUAUGUUCAUUGUUUUUCUCAUAAACUUGAAUUAACUCUUGUGGAGGCAGCAAAAAGUCAUAUCCAUACUGCAAAACUCUUUUACAUGGUUUCUAAAGUAGUUAAGGUUGUUGGAGCUCCAUGUAACCAUCAAGAUGUUCCUCGGGAGAAGUAA